AUGACUCGGCUUGUCUUAAGAUAUAAGGCCAUUCCCAUGCGCCCAUUGAUCAUUUCCUAUCCCCUAUCUCAAUUCAUCGGCUUCUUCGAGGACCUAGUUUGCCAGUGUCUGGACAAGAUGCUUCCUUCAAAAGGAGUCAUUGCUUUGUUCGUGUCGACUGUCCUCGGACAAGGUCAUCCGACAAUCUCGACGAACGGUUAUGUCCUAAAGCAGGGUCCGCUGGAUACACCGUGGACCGAGAAGGUGGGCACAAAUCCUUGGCCUGAGUAUCCAAGGCCGCAGAUGGCGCGUUCCGACUGGCAGAAUCUUAACGGCGUAUGGCAAUACCGUAACGCCACUGGCGGUGCUACUGAGUUGGAAAACCCUCCCUUCCGACAGGACCUCGAAAACCCUGUCCUGGUUCCAUUUUGCCUCGAGUCCGCAUUGUCGGGUGUCAUGGGCAAUUUCACCAUCCAUAGCUGGUACCGAACAACCUUCGAUGUGCCAUCAUCUUGGACGGACCGGGUCUUGCUCAACUUCGGAGCGGUUGAUUAUGAGGCAACUGUUUUUGUCAACGAGCAGCAGGUCGCACACAAUGUUGGUGGUUACUGGUCUUUUAACACGGAUAUCACAGAUCAUCUCAACAAGAACAGUACCAACGAGCUUGUUGUUUUCGUAUUCGACCCCACCAACCUUGCCCCCAACAACAUUCCGCUCGGUAAACAGAAAUUGAUUCCAGAGCAUAUUUUCUACACUCCGUGCAGUGGUAUCUGGCAAACCGUAUGGCUCGAGUCUGCCCCAGCUAUUAGCAUCGACAAACUCGAUAUCAACGCUGGCGCUGACAGCAAAGUCGACGUAACGGUUCAUACUAAAUCCAAUGCGACUGGAACUGCCGACUUCAUUAUUUAUGAGCCCAACUCGAACAGCGUCAAGUUCCAGACCAAGGUACCUGUCAAUCAGGCUCACUCCUUUGUUGUGGACUCGCCUGAGCUUUGGUCACCUGAUAGUCCUACACUGUAUAAUAUUACAGUCAAGCUGGGAAGCGACAGUGUCCAAAGUUAUACUGGGUUCAGGACCAUUUCAAAAGGCGUUGUCAAUGGUGUCCAGAGGCCUCUGCUCAACGGCGAGUUCGUCUUCAUGUUUGGCACUCUUGACCAAGGGUAUUGGCCGGACGGUCUGCACUCGCCACCAAGUCUUGAAGCGAUGGUAUACGAUUUGAAGGCCUUGAAGGAAGUAGGCUACAACAUGGUGCGGAAGCAUAUCAAGGUUGAACCUGCGCUCUUCUACCAGGCAGCCGAUCAGCUUGGUCUCUUGCUCAUUCAGGACAUGCCAGCCCUUGCCACAUCCUUGGUUUACCUCGACGACACCCCAAAGAAGUGUCCGGUGGUAUCUCUCACGCCUUCUCUUGAUCCAGACCAUGUCCAGAAAGAGUUCAAUAGGCAGCUCGAAGUUUUGGUCAAUCAACUCAAGAGCUAUCCAAGCAUCGUGAUAUGGAUCAUCUAUAAUGAAGGUUGGGGCCAGCCAUGGGAGGGCUAUGAUGGCGUGCGCAACACGAGCAUCGACGCCAUACUCACUGAUGUUGUCCGCAAAAUCGAUCCCACUCGUCUUAUUGAUUCUGUGACUGGCUGGCACGAUCAUGGUGCGGGUGACUUCCAUGACAACCACCACUACUCAUCUCCACAGUGCGGAACACCCUGGUACUCGCUUGAUUCUUCACCUUACAACCCAGAGACGGAUGAUCGCAUCGCCAUUCAGGGCGAGUUUGGUGGCAUCGGUCAAAACAUCUCCGAGGAACACGCCUGGAAAGUUGAAAACUCCAUCAAUCACGUAAACAACACCUACGAACUCGAUGCCACCCAAGAAAUCUGGAACCUUCGCGCGCACAUGAUCUUCCAGGAGCUGAAGUUCCAGAUCCAAGAGUAUGCGUGCUCGGGCGCGGUGUGGACGCAGACGACGGAUGUUGAGGGCGAAGUCAACGGCAUGUUGACGUAUGAUCGACGAGUGAACCGUAUGGAUAAGGAGCAGUGGAAGGCAGAUAUCCAGGCGCUGUACGACACAGCUGCGAAGAGGGGGACUUCGAAUUCUACGAUGAAGCUGGCGGCGAGGGAGGAGGUUGGUGUCUGA